UACAAGGAAGGUCCGCUCUUCGUUCUCACUCAACUCAUCUUUCCACAGAGAAACACCAACACAGGUGCUAGCACAUUGAGCUUUGUCGCCAUGGAGGGUAACCACAGUGGCUUGGCUGGAUGCACACAGCCGUCUGUGACCGGAGAACAGACCAGUGAACACGUUUACGAGGUCGCGGUGCAGAACAGCUCCACCAACAACAGCUCCCAGUUUGCAGAUGUGGCUCUGCUGCAGAUCUUUAAGCCUCUCAUCAUCCCCUUUUAUGUGCUAGUUGUGGUAGUGGGGGUCUUCGGUAAUUACCUGCUCCUCUAUGUCAUCUGCCGAACCCGCAAGAUGCACAAUGUCACCAACUUCUUCAUUGGAAACCUGGCCUUCUCCGACAUGCUCAUGUGUGUGACCUGCGUCCCUUUCACUCUCGCCUAUGCCUUCAACCCACACGGUUGGGUUUUUGGCCGCCCAAUGUGCUACCUGGUGUUCCUCAUCCAACCAGUCACAGUCUAUGUUUCAGUGUUCACGCUCACUGCUAUCGCUGUGGACAGAUAUUAUGCAACAGUUCACCCCCUGAAGAAGCGUACCUCCGUGUCUACCUGUGCCUCUGUCCUCACCGGCAUCUGGCUGCUGUCCUGCGGGCUUGUGGCUCCAGCAGUCAGCCACACCUACCACGUCGAGUUCAAGGAGGAGGGCUUCACCAUUUGUGAGGAAUUCUGGUUGGGUAAAGAAACAGAAAGACGUGCUUAUGCAUACAGUACCCUGCUGGUCACGUAUGUCGUGCCGUUGUCAGCCGUCUUUGUCUCUUAUCUCUGCAUCACUGUCAAACUAAAGAAGUGUGUUGCACCGGGUCACAAGACAAAAGGCCAGGCGGGAGCUCAACAAGCCCGCAAGAGAAAGAUCUUUCGCCUGGUUGCACUUUUGGUGUCUGCGUUUGCAGUGUGUUGGCUUCCUAUUCAUGUAUUCAAUGUGCUGCGAGACAUUGACAUUCACCUCAUUAACAAGCGCUACUUUUUACUCAUCCAACUGCUGUGUCACCUGUGUGCCAUGAGCUCAUCUUGUUGUAAUCCCUUCCUCUAUGCUUGGCUACACGACCGCUUCCGCACAGAGUUACGGAAGAUGUUCAAGUGCCGUCGUCGCAUUGGAGGGCCUGUUAAUCCCUGUGCUGCCAGUGUGGUCUUGUAAAUCUGAAGAGAAUCCUGUGUUAUUAUUUCAGUGUGAUUCAUCUUGACUAUUGUACAAGUGGAAACUUUGAUGUAUCAAACUAAUGGUGUUCAUCCUCUGACCACCACUAAAAUCCAUUUAAGGUAAUCCAGCCAUUAGUCAUGUUGUGUAUAGUCUAUAUCCAAAACGUUCCACUUCUGGGAUUGCUCUGUUGCCACUCGAAAUUCUGCUACAUUUCACUCUUUUCAGCCAGAUAACCAUUAACUUCCGCUUUCUUUGUGUUGGCAUUUUAAACUCUUGUCGAUUUAUGAGGACUAUGGCUAGCUAGACAAUCUGUCCACUCAGUGUUGUGUUGGACGGCUAAAACAACUUUUGAACGUACACAUGUUCCACCAAGACGCGUUCCUUGGCUCUGCCCGGUGCUUAGCGCCUCCCAUGACAAUUGUGAUUGGGUUAAAG